UUAUUUUUUUGCACGGAAUUGGUCUUUUUUGGUUGGUCUCGAAGCCCAUUUGUCUUACCACGAGGAGGCGAAGGUGAGAGUCUCCGAGAUAGGAACAUUGGAACAAACUCUAAUCCUCUUCUUCCUCAAUUUUCGUCUGCUCUUCAAACUCGAAUGAAAACCACCACCAUUCUUCUCAUUUUCUUUUUCUUUUGCUUCAAAACCCUUAAACCCUAGGAUUAAGGGCCAAGCAACCUAGAGUGUAGAGUAUCGGAAAACAAAGGCGAAUCGUGAGCAAUCGAGAGCGUGGAAGUGGAGAGCGAGAGGUGUUCAAAGAGUUUCGCGUCGAGGGUUUUAGCGUGAGGAAAAUUCUUACCAGAAACUACGUUUUGGGUCGAACUCGCGAUAGAGUAAGGAGAACUUCUUUUCUCUUCAUCUUCGUCAAAUGUAGAGCAGCAUCUUGUCCUUCCUUUUGUUUUAUUUUUGUCAUUCGAAAAUUGAAACCUUAGGGGCAUGGGAAGUGCUACGGCGAGAGAGAGAAAGGGCAGUCUCCGCGAAACGUGGUAGAAUCCUUGACUUGUGAGACCUGCGCGUAAUUGAAUGAAGUUUCAUUUUGGUGAUUGAGGAAGGGAGGGAGGUUGCGGCGUGAGAAGGGGAAUUAGGGGGAAAGGCUACGAAGCAAAUUUUAUUUUGUGAUGUUAGGGUUUUGAGAUUGGGGUUUCUAGGGGUUGGAAGAUGACUAAGGAUUGAGGUGUUGGGGAUCAGAGAAUGAACGUGGGAGUGGAGAGCGAGACAUGAAGUUCGUAUCGGGAGUUGUGGGGUUUGAUAACCAGUUCGGUCAAAAACUUAUGCACCAAGAAGCUUAAUUUCUUUAAUUAAAGAAUUGUAAUCAACACAUCUUUGAUACGUCACUAUUGACUGCCACUGUGAAUCCUGCUGAGGCUGUCUGUCCUCCGCACUUGCAGCAGCAAAACUCUUGUGAGAGAUCCUGUGUUAUUCUCUCCAAACGAAAUCAAAAUGUAAAAGAGACGAAGGAUAAAAAUGGAUCUUCUGUGGAAUGCGUAUUCUAAUGUCUCAGACGACGAAGAACAACCGAAACGACAAAGACUAUCAUCCUCUUCCUCUAAUUUGCCAAAACGACAUCUGCCUUUGCCGUCUCCUCCUUUAUUCCACCAAACGCAAUCUCCCAUUCCAGGAAGUUACAUAUCAAAACGACAACGCUCUCUGAUGGGUCCCACUCCUGUCCCUCUUCCUGAUUCCGUUCCUGUUCCAUCUCCGUUCACGCUACCAGGUAGUAUCUCAGUUACUGAUGUACACCAUAAUAUUUUGUCAUUGUUGAAAAGUAAAGCAAAGGAUCAUCACAGCCAAAACCUGAUAUCUGAAAAGCUAUCUGCAACUUUAUCCGGGCAUACUAAUGCAGUCAAUGCUAUACAUUGGUCAUCAACUCAUGCUCACCUACUUGCGUCUGCUGGGAUGGAUCACACAAUUUGCAUAUGGAAUGUAUGGAGCAGAAAUCAGAAGAAAGCGUGUAUGCUAAACUUCCACAAUGCUGCAGUCAAAGAUGUGAAAUGGUCUCCGCAAGGCCACUUUCUACUUUCUUGUGGAUAUGAUUGCACGUCAAGAUUGGUCGAUGUUGAAAAGGGAUUGGAGACUCAGGUUUUCAGAGAAGAUCAAAUUGUUGCAGUUAUAAAGUUCGAUCCAGACAAUUCAAAUAUCUUCCUUUCUGGAGGUUCAAAGGGCCAUAUCAAAUUAUGGGAUGUCAGAACGGGCAAAGUAGUUCAUAAUUAUAAUCGAAAUUUAGGUCCGAUUCUUGAUCUUGAGUUCACAAUGAAUGGGAAGCAAUUCAUUUCUUCUUGUGAUGUAUCUCAAAGUAAUAUCAGUGAGAACGCUAUUAUUGUUUGGGAUGUUGCAAGGGAGGUACCAUUGUCUAACCAGGUUUAUGCAGAAGCUUAUACAUGUCCUUGCGUGAGGCUGCACCCAUUUGAUUCAAUUUUUGUUGCCCAGUCAAAUGGAAAUUAUGUUGCAAUCUUUACUUCCACCCCACCUUACAGGCUCAACAAAUAUAAGCGAUAUGAGGGCCAUGUGAUCUCUGGGUUCCCAAUCAAGUGCAAUUUCAGCUUGGAUGGGAAAAAACUUGCUUCUGGCUCUUCAGAUGGUUCUAUCUUCCUUUAUGAUUAUCAGUCAUCCAAAGUUGUGAAGAAAAUCAAGGCCCAUGAUCAAGCAUGCAUAGAUGUUGCAUUCCACCCCAUUAUACCUAAUGUUAUUGCUUCAUGCUCGUGGGAUGGAAGUAUUUUGGUAUUUGAGUAGUGAUACCUAUUAUCGUCCCAUUCCAGGGUAAUCUUUAAUUUUCUCAAAAGUCAAUGGGCAUGCAUUUGGUUACUUCUAGAAAAUGAUUUGCUAGGAGAGUGGAAAACUCUAGCUUUCUCUUAGUCUAGGCAGCUGUUUCUUGUUUAUUAGAUACCGUGUGAAUAAUGAAACCUCCCACAAGUCAAUGUUUUCUUAAAUGUGUGCCUUUUACUGUUA